AUGUCAUCAUCUGAUCUUGAUAUAGAAAAAAAUAAAACUGAAACUCAAGUUGAAUAUGCUUCAUCUGAUGAUCAACCAGAAGCUCUUGAAAUUUCAGAAGAACAUAAACAAUAUUUAAUUGCAAAACAUGGUACAUAUGAAUUAACACCUUUACCUUCAAUGGAUGAUAAUGAUCCAUUAAAUUGGUCAAAUGGUUUUAAAUGGUUACAAUUAGGAAUGGUUGCAUUUCAUGCUUUUAUGGCUACUUUUGUUGCUUCAGGUUUAGUUCCAGUUGUUGGUUUAUAUUCUCAAAUUUAUAAUUUACCAACUGCUACUAUAACUUAUUUAGUUUCAGUUCAAAUUAUUUUAGUUGGUGUUUGUCCAUUAUUUUGGACUCCUUUAAUUAUGAAAUACGGUCAAAGAUUAUUAUUAAUUAUUUCAGCUUUAGGUACUAUGUGUUUUUCAUUAGGUUCAGUUUUUAGUACUAAUUAUGGUUCAAUGAUGGCUAUGCGUUGUUUACAAGCAGUUAUGAUUUCACCAUCAUUAGCAGCUGGUGGUUUAGUUGUUAAUGAUACUACUUUUGCUCAUCAAAGAGGUUCAAGAUCAGGUGUUUGGGCAAUUGCUAUUAAUUUAGGUACAAUGGCUGGUGCUUUAUUUAUGGGUUUUAUUGCUGAACAUCAUGAUGCUAAAUAUAUUCAUGUUUGUUUUACUUGUAUUAAUGCUGCUCAAGUUUUAGCUUAUUUCUUUUUUGGUAAAGAAACUGCUUGGAAUUAUAAAGAUACUUCAAGAAAUGUUACUAAUAGAAUGAAACAAUUAAGAUUUAAAGCUAUUUUCCCAGAAAAUAAAAUUACUUUAAAAGGUAUCUUUUAUCCAUUAUCUUUCUUUGCUAAUUGGAGAGUUUUUGUUGCCACUUUUGCUUAUACUACUUUAUUCGUUUAUGAUAAUAUUGCUUUAAAUGUUGAAAUUCCAGAAGUUAUGUAUAUGAAAUUCGGAUUAGGUCCACAAGCUUUAGGUUUACAAUUUGUUUCAUUUAUUAUUGGUACCGUUAUUGGUGAAGUUGGUGGAUAUUUAUCUGAUAGAAUUGUUGCUUGGGGUCAAAGUAAAGGAAGAGGUCCAUCUUUUAGAUUAUGGAUUACUUAUCCAGGUUUUGCUGCAUCUGUUGCUGGUUUAGUUGUUUUUGGUACUCAAAUUGACGCUGCUGAUACUUGGAAUGUUAAACCAUUAAUUGGUUGUGCAUUAGCUGCAUUUGGUCUUCAAAUUGUUACAUCUCCUUUUAUUGCUUAUUGUAUUGAUAUGGAUCAUGCUCAAGCUGGUGCUAUUAUUUUAUUUAUCACUGUUUUUAGACAAACUUUAGCUUUCAUUGGUCCAUUCUAUUUCCCAGUCAUGUUUGCCAAUUUAGGUUUCACAGUUGCUUAUGCUGUAUUUGCUGGUUUAAUAGUUGGAUUAGGUUUAAUUCCUGCCUUAUUCUUACACAUUAAAGAAGCAAGACAAGGAAGAUAA